AUGGACCGCCAUGCUCAGACGGCACGCGCAGACUCGUUAUCUCAGACAUCAGAAACACCUAUGGCAGGCCUUGAUUUUGGUAAACUUCCGCCGAUAGCUAUACUGAAAACACGCUUGAACCAGGAUGAAGAAAAAUCGCUCAAAGAAACUUUGCGUCUGUACAAUGCGUCGCUUACUACGGACAUGUCGAGGGCAAAAAUACUCCUAGGUAAGGUGGGCACUAAGGGAAGAGCUGCGUUUGAGUUGCGCUCGAGGCACCUAAUCGCUGAAGAAUUUGUAACGCCGAAACGACGUGCUAGUCCUGUAAAAAUAGGAACACCGAACAAAAAACAAAGAGUCCUGGAGUCACCGUUUGUAACUAUCUCGGCUAGUCAAGAGGAUUAUGCUGCAAAGAAAGGAUCAGAAGAGACGUCCGACACUGCAGACGAAGCGCCGAUCCAGGAUUCAAGUUUUCCACGGUCUCCGACAUUGCAUGCUGAGGAUGAAAUGCCCUUUCCAACGAUCGUCGACAACGGUUCAGACAUUGACAUUGUUUGGGUUGUCAACUUGAACUGGAUAGAGGCUUGUACAACCGCAGGACACCUCGUUCCUCUAGGCGGCAACUUGAUGUAUCAGGGAAAGGUGCAGCAACGGCCAAAACCAAGCAGCACCAAAUCCAUCAAGGAUAUCUUUUCAUCACAAAACAUACUAGAUCGAGCAAAGUUGGAUGCACCUACAAUGACAAGCAAGACUACACACAAGUCUCCCCAGUUUGGUAAUCAACAAACGACGAGCGAGUAUGAAGGCGAAGAUAGUGAUAUACCGCCACCACCCGAAUGGGUGAAGAAAGGCGUCAAGUAUGCAUGCCAGCGCUUCACACCCGCUAACGGGCCGAAUGAGGAUUUCCUCGACCAACUCAAGAAGAUUAGGACUAAUCGGAUUCUUAUCGAAGAUGAGAUAGGCGUACGUGCGUACUCCACCAUUAUUGCAGCCAUUGCUGCCUAUCCAUACAAGCUCAGCCACCCACGUGAGAUUGCGCAAUUACCAGGGUGUGACGAGAAAACUGCGGUUCUUUUCGUUGAAUGGAAGAAUACCGGUAAAAUCAAGGAAGUUGAGGACUGCGAGAACGAUGAGGCAAUGAAGGUUCUGCGUUCGUUCUAUGAUAUAUGGGGUGUUGGGGCAAAGACGGCGCGACAUUUCUACUACGACAACCACUGGACGGAGUUGGACGACAUCAUUGAACAUGGCUGGAAUGACCUUGACCGAGUCCAGCAGAUUGGCAUCAAGUACUACGAAGAGUUUCAAGAACCGAUUCCGCGUGCUGAAGUCGAACACAUAGCCGCUGUUGUUCGAGAUCAUGCGGUAAAACUCCGGGACGAACACAUUAGUAUCACCAUAGUCGGUGGCUAUAGACGCGGCAAAUCAGUUUCUGGUGAUGUGGAUAUAAUCGUAUCGCACCCUGAACUGGAAAGUACAGCGGGAUUGGUUCAGGAAAUUGUCGAGUCAUUGGAAGAUGCUCAGUGGAUCACUCAUACCUUGACGAUGAGCUUGGCAAACACGAAGCGCGGGCAGCACACUUUGCCCUUUCGUUCUGCAAAAGGAGCUGGAGUAGGAUUCGACACUCUUGAUAAAGCACUCGUAGUGUGGCAGGAUCCUGCUUGGCCAACUCGCGAAGGAGACCUCGAGCGAAAUCCACGAGCGAAGAACCCAGCUAUUCAUCGUCGAGUGGACAUCAUUGUUGCACCUUGGCGAACUGUAGGCUGUGCAGUCAUGGGCUGGAGCGGUGGCACGACAUUUCAGCGGGAUUUGCGGCGGUAUGCAAAACAUGUGAAGGGCUGGAAAUUCGACAGCAGCGGCAUUCGCAGUCGAGCUAAUGGUGAAGCUAUCAUGAUUGAAGGGCCAGACGGUGUUGAAGGGACUCCUGAAGAUGCAGAAAAGGCAGUGUUCAAAGGACUGGGCUUAGAGUAUAUACCACCUGAGUAUAGAGUCACAUAUUGA